UCUAAAAAUCUCCCGAAUUGCAAUUUGAAAGUAAAAACAUAUUUUUUCGCCACUCCAAGUGAAAGGAGGAGUUAAAUGCUCUCGAAAAGGCGCCAUAACAACCAAACAGCAGUCGCCACGCACUUAAACCUGUUCAAAUUUGUGGCUUGCUGACUUGACGUUGCAUCCUUUUCUACUUCAGUUUUUUAUUUUUCGAUUUUGUUUUGAUUGCAUAUUGUGGCAAGUGAAUGCAGUUUUAUGCGUCAAGUGGACGCUUGAAAUGAAAUUUUUUUAUAUUAUUUAUUUUAUAGUCGACGGUUUCUGUACAUUUGUGUAGUAGCUAAAUACAUAUAUAAAUUUACCUGGUCGUGUGUGCUUUCAGGUUGAGUUGUAAGCAAGUUUAUGUGCUCCACGAAGAACGUACAAAUAAAUAUAGAGAAAUAACACACAUGCAUCAGUGAAAAAUUAUACGAAAGCGUCUUUACUUGAAUAGUGAAAUUUUCAGAGAAGUAACGGUUCUGUCAACGCACUUCAUCUCAGCACACAGACACUUUUUUGGCGAAAUGCAUAAUUAAUUGCAUUACUCAACCGAAAUUGCAGUGCUGCAAAAGAAUUUUGUUGGCGAAAGUUGCGCGUUUCCAUGGAAACAGCAAUGAAAAUAAAUUUUCAACGAAAACACUCAUACGAAAAUCCCCAAAGUCAAUUUAUUUGAGAGAAGCAAGAGUCAAAAAAAAAAAAACCAAACACACAUGUAACAGUGAAGACAACAAGUCGUAGGAUAAAAAAUUCGAACUUGCAAAAAUUUGUUACACUCACAGCUUCCUAACUCCAACUGUGAGUUGAAUGAAAUGCCGUUGCUGACAAUAAAAUAAAAUCUACCGGAAAAAACAGUAUUUAACUACAAAAUCUCGCAACAGUUGUAGAAGUGGAAAGAACAAAACAAACGAAAGACAAAACAAAUAUAAACAAUUGCAAUGAAACGAAAUAAAGUGGAAAAAAUGGCAGGAAGCAAUUUGAGCACCCAAACAAGGCAAACAGCGCAAAGUAUAAAAAUAACAACAUCAAUAUUUACACAUACAGGAAGUGCGGCAGGCACACACACAUCAGAGCAGCGACGAAAGUGUACGAAAUUCGCCAAAAAACAGCCGCGAAGGUGGCGACCUUUAUGUGACAUAUGCCCCAGCACCAUGAGAACCAUCAACAUCCACACCAACUUAUCAUGGCUUAUGCUGCUGCUCACAGUGGGGACAAUACAGAUUUGCCACACAGCAGACGCGCACAUGCCACACGCGCACAAUGGAGGCAUAUUCAGCACACACUUCAUCCCAUUGCCUGACUUCAGACCGUUGAGGAUGGCGAGAUACAGUCAACCACUACAUGGCGCGGAUGAAUGGGCGAGUAGUGAUGAUGAUAGCAAUAGUUUCCGGCCUAUUAUCCCCACGGACAUUAGUCCUGAAUAUAUUGCACAUAAUGUGUUCACGAAAACAGGACAAUAUCAUGUUUUCGAGCCUGUUACUAGCGACUUGCGUGCCACAAUGACAAUGAAUCGGGCAGCGGAGGAUACUGUAAACAACAUUGACACAAAAAACAGCAACAAUAACACAAACUUUGAGAGUGAUAUUAGUAAAACAACAAUAGAAAAAUUGACCGGACGAACCAAGGUGGCAGAGACGAAUCGGCCAGCGUAUGAAGGAAGGCGGCAAGACAGCGCGUAUGAGGCUGCAGCAGAGUCAUUGGUUAGCUUAAGUAAUAGUAAUAACGGUAAGACGCUGGACAAAACAGCAGAAGCGGUAGCAAAUAAAACAAGCCAGUCUUCUAUGGCGACGCACAAAAGCAAAGCACUGCCCAACACUUUUUCAUCAAGUCAGGCAAAUGCUGGCGGUGGCAAACUACAAAACGGCAACAAGGCCCCACCUUCACAAAUUCCGGAUGUCUCUCAAAAUGCGGUCAGCAAUGACAUCAAGGAAUUGGAGGCAUUGUUGGUCGAGUAUGCAGAGAGCUUCUUCAAUAAAGCACAGUAUGAACCUUCCAGUGAACUAGUGAAUGCCUUACAAAGCAACCACAGCAGUACAGUUGAUGGCUUGCCGCUAGCUGAUGGCCCAUACAAAGAACGCCCGACGCGACACGCAAAUGCAAGUCCACUACCACAGCCACACCAUCAUUUUCACCAUCACCAUCACCACCAGCAGCUACUUCAUCAGCAGCAACAUCUCCACACAUCGCCCGUAGUUCUACGCAAAGCAGAUGGCGAUGUGAGCGUAAAUAUACCUCGAGCCAUGGAGUCAGGCCGAUUACUAUUCUUUUCAGGUCUGAAAAAGGCGCUUUGGCCAAUUUAUAUGGGCUUACAAGUGUUGAAAUCGCUGCUUUUCGCUUUGUUCUUGCCGACAUUGAUUGGCUCGGUUGGCAAGCUGCUUGGAAAGGGCAUCAUCUCCGGCUCUGCACCACUUUUCAUACGUCCGCCAGAUGCGCCACAGGAUCUAGAUUUUCGUGACAACACCAUCAAUUUCGACGAUGAAAAGUUUGCCGCUGUAGACGAAGGAACAAAAGAAGAUGGCUACGCCUACAAUCAAGCAGAAGCAUCUCAAACGCACUACACCUACAAUGCGGGAGGCGAAAUUAACCGCAUUGAGCAACAGAAUAAAAUGCCAGACACAUAUUUGAGUGCUCUACAGACCAUCGGUUCAGCGUCUUUCAAAAAUUCCGGCUCACUUUCGGGUAGCUUCUCUGGCGGUGGCUUGGGCGGUGGUGGCGGCCUUGGCGCGCCGUUACGUACAAAGCCUGUUGCUCCAGCUAAUAUGGACACCUUCCAGAAAUUCCAAAAAGUACCCGCCUCAUCGCUCUUGCUUUCCAAUUAUGAUCCCUUUUAUAGUCCGCUGCUCUCACGCUUGGAUUCGGUAUUUGCGCAGUUGAAAUUGAAUUCGGACAAUGAGAAUUGUCGUGAAAAAUUAAUUUGUCUCAUGUAUGCAAAUCCAGCUAAAUAUGCACCAUAUAGUAAUCUAGUCUCAGCGCAAUUAUCGCGUGAACUGAACGAGUUACGCAAGCCCACAUCUGAUAAUCCGGACAUUCUACGCUUCUUCAAGUACAUGCGCGCCGCAAAGGAUGGCCAAGAUGGAAUUGAUUGUGAGAAAUCAUUUGAUCGUUGUUCGGAAUUUAAGGAUUUCGAAAAUCCAGCAAUGGUUUCUACAUAUCACGACAUCAAUAAAUUGGUGCAGGCACGAAAGUUGACGUAGUUGAAUCGAAAUGUGGUUGAAAAACAAAAAAAUAGGGAAUAAAAUAAAUAUAUAAAAUAUAUAAAAAAAAAUAUAUAUAGAAAAAAUUUGUAGACAAAAAUAUAUGUAAGACUUGGGUGCAAAGUAUUUAAUGAAUUAUAGAAAGCAGUUAAAAAGGAUUUAUUAGUCGAUGCAUGCUUUAUGAAAGUGAUAAGAGUGAAGGGAAAUGAAAUUUGCAUUUCAAGAAUUUAACAUUCGAAAUCGAACUUUUGGUCCUCAUAUUAAAUUAAAAUUUUAAAAGAGCGCAAUUUUUGCG